AAUGGCGUGACAACUAUGACGUCGCCGGCGGGUAUAAAUGCGGUCCCUCUCGGCUCAGUCGUCAUCGUUUCAAUUGUACAAAGCAGCAAACCAGAGCUGACAGCAAUCAACGACAAUCAGAGCAAAAUGGCUUUGCAAACUGAAGAAUGUUACGACUGCAAAUGUUACGAUGAUACCAAAAAGGAAGAACAGUGCAGCCUUUUCAACAAAGGAUGUACAUUGACUUGCAAAGGCGGCAAGUGCGGUGGAAAGUGCGAAAUUGGAAAAAAGCAAUACUGUUUCUGCGUUAUCAGCAGUGAGGACGAAGAUAAAUGUCCCAUGAGCAAGUGCGUGCAUAAAAUCAAAACAACAGCUAAAUGUUGCAAAAAAAUGGAAUGCCCUCAUGCGAAAAUCGACGACAAAUCAUUGAAUAAAGAAGAAAGCCAGUCUGAGGUACAAUGCUGCAAAGAAGAUAAUAAGGAAUCGCCUAAAUCCUGUGAAAAUGUCAACUGUAGCAACGAAAGUAGUAGUGAAAAGAAGAAAUGCUUACGCGGAGAAAAUAUUGAAUUUCACUGCCCAGCUAAAACUGGAUUUUUUUCAAAGAAAGGCAACGAGGAAUAUAAAGAGGCAUGUGAGAAAAUGGAAAAAUGCAGUAUCGUCGUCAAAUGUUCCAACAAAGAUGAUUGUGACUGUGAAAACUGUAAAACCGACGUCGAAAAAUGUGGCAAAAGUGACAAAUGCGACAACUGCACUUGCUGCAAAAAUUCUUGCUGUAAUGUGACUUCGGAUGAUGAAAAAUCCUGUGAGUGUGAAAACUGUACAUGCCGUGUUAAAAAAAGCGAUGACAAUGAAAAAUGUAAAGAUUGCAACUGCAACAAAAGUUCUUGUUGUGGUGUGGCUCCUGAAGACAAAAAAUUAUGUAAAUGUGAAAAUUGCAACUGCUGUGUUAAGAAAAACAUUGAGACUGACAAAUGUGAUUGCUCUUGUUGCAAAAAUGCUUGUUGUCGAAUGAUCUGCAAAGAUAAAAAAAUAUGUAAGACUAAAGUCUGCUGUGAACAACAACACAAAACCAGAAAGUGCUGCCCAAGUAGUUCGAAAAUAUCCUUCUCGUUCGUCAGCUGCUUCUAAUCAGGAGGGGACGCCCUACGAUUUGAUUUACUGGGUCUAUAUAUAUAGUGAUUUGAUAUUGGCUAAUUGGAAUUCUGAUGACUGUCUUGUAAAAUAAAAAUGUAAAUGCUUGCUCAAAA